AUUUUUGUACUUGCUCUUAUUAGUUUCUCCACCGCUUCAGCUGCCGUCUCUCGCUGCAUGAGGGACUCGGUCUGUCUUGUUUACUGUCCUAUCUUCAGCAGCCAGCGAGUGGCAGGCACUCCAUAACGGAGUGGUAGCUGGAAAGAGCUUUGGAGCCAAGUCUAGGUUCAAAACUUGGCAGCAUCGAUUAUUAGCCUGGUGACCUCGUCCAGUCGCUUAAAUCUCUUGGAAUUUUGGUUUCCUCAUUUGAAAGGGGCUGAAAUACAACAACUUUGCUGGUUAGUGGUGAGGGUUGGAGAUAAUAUACAGCACCUAGCAAUGUGCAGGGCUCAAGGUAGGUGCUCAGUAAGUGACAAUUGUUAUAUGGGUGUUCUCGGGUUGGUUAAACAUGUCCUCUCAGGCUGUGCUAGGCAUUGGGGAUACAGAGGAUGAAUAACCUAGUCCCUGCCUUUGAGAAGCUUACAGUGUAGAGAGUCAGUUAUAAGUAGACAGUGUCACUGUGUACUGCUGUCAAGUCGAUUCCAGCGCAAAGUGACCCUCUAUGACAGAGUAGAACUGCCCCAUAGGGUUUCUAAGGCUGUGAUAUUCACGGAAGCAGACUGCCACAUCUUCCUCCCUUGGAGUGGCUGGGGGUUCAAACUGCCGACCUUCUGGUUAGCAGCCUAAUGCUUAACCAUUGUGCCACCAGGGCUCCUUUCAUAAGUAGACAGUAGCAGAUUAUAAUGCUAUGAUGGAGGUGUACACAAAGGCUAUAGAGGAGGAAUCCAGUAGCCCAACCUGGAGGUCCAAGGAAGACUUUCUAAUGAGUCUCAAAUGAAAGAUGAAUAAGAGUUAGCCAAGUGAAUAAAAGGUGGAAGGGCGCUCCAGGCAGAGGGAUUCGGAGGAGCAGAGGGUGGAAACAUGGAACAUAGUGUGUUCUGAGAGUCACAAGCAGUUUCAUGUUCCUUAGAGAUUGAAGUUUGAAGGAGGUUGUUAUGGAAGAUGUGGCUGGAAAGGUAGCGAGGGGCCUUGUAUGUUACGGUGAAGAGCCUUGACUUCAGUCUAACUUUGGGAAGCCAUUUAAGAUCUUAAACAGGUUAGUGACAUCAGAUUUGUGUUUUAAAUAAAUCAUUUUGUAGUGUGGUGGUAGAUUUAAAGGUGGCAAGGAUUCUAAGUUAGAACAAGGUCCCUCAUCCAUACUGUUUCUUCAGAGGGUUUGUGAAUUUCUUAAAUUGUAUGCGAAACUUUGUGCAUGUAUGCAUUUUAAUGGGUUGAGGAUCUUUCACUUUCAUCAGAUACUAAAAAAAAAAAAAAUAGUUACAUAGAGCAAUAGUCUGCUGAUGGUGAGGACCCAAUAUGGGGCACUGUUAGAGAGACGGAGUAGGGAACUAGUUAAGUGGUAUAUUCAGUGGGCCUUAGUGCUUGCCUGGAUGUGGGGACUGAAGGACAGGGAGGGGCCUAGAGGACUCCCAGUUUCUAGCUUGCAAAUGAUGUAAUUUCCUGAAAGCAACAGUGUAGGAGAGAAGCAUCUGGAGGGGAAGCUGAUGAGUGCAGUGUUAGGUAUUUUUGCAUUUAACCAGCCUGUGGAACAUCCAGGAAACCCUGGUGGUGUAGUGGUUAAGUGCUUGGCUGCUAACCAAAAGGUUGAGAGUUUGAAUCCACCAGGUGGUCCUUGGAAACUCUAUGGGGCAGCUCUCUUCUGUUCUAUAGGGUCGCUAGGAGUUGGAAUCAACUCUACAGCAACAGGUAUGGGUGGAACAUCCAAGUGACAGUGAGUCUCAUUGGACUCAUUUUUAUUCAGGAAUAAUUUAGAGACAAGAGUGAUUUGCAUAAGAACUUGCAUCAAAAUAUGGCAGAUAUCAAAGAAUUAAUAAAUGCUUUUUUUUUUUAAAGCUUCUGAACUGAUUAAAAAGAAAGGCAGUGUUCGGUGGAUUUGAGGAGGUACUUUAGGACUCCGCUAACAGUAGAACCCUAUUUUAUUUUUAAACCAUAUUUGAAAUUCCUAUAAAUAUAUAUUUAUAUAGUGUGCUUAAAUCUGUUAUACCGACCUUUUAACACACUAGAGACUACUAACAUAUUACUUUAUGCUACUGGGUUAACCCAGUUUUGGGUAAUCUUGUAAUAAGGCUCUCCUGCCUCCUCUCUUUUUUUGAAAAGUAUUCUGUGAUGACAAGGUUAACAUUUGCAACAAUUUAUCUGCAACAGCCUUCUAACCAUAGGCCCUUUUUUUAUUCUUGUCCUCUGCAGUUAGUUCUCCACCCAGCAGCCAGAGUCCUCUUGCUGAAACAGAAAUCUAAUCGUGUCAUCUGACUGCUAAAAAGCCUCCUGUUAAACCCAAACAUUUACUGUGGUCUACAAGACCUUCUGUGAUCUGGCCCCUGCCUAUCUUUCUCCUCAUCUGUCAUUCUCCCUCUUCAUCCAGCUCUAGCCAUAUUGACCUUUUACUGUUUCUUGCGUCAAGCUUGUUCCUCAAGACCCUUAUACUUGCUGUGCCCUCUAUCUGAAAUGCUUUUCCUCCACACCUACUACUGACCUCAUGUUGUUCAGUCUCCACAGCUGUCACCUGAGAGCGUCUUUUUCUAUCUAAAAUGCUCACCUCUUCCUUUAAUCAGUAUGUAUUGUCUUAGCUUGCUUCAGUUUUUCUCAUAGCAACCACUGUUUCUUAAUAAUAUGUUUUUCUCAUUGGUCUCUUUAUUCCCUCUAAAAUAGAAGCUCCAUGAGGUGAGGUGCUUUGUCUGUCUUUGUAUUCCCAGCUGAUAUAUCCCCAGUACCUAGUAGGUGCUCACUGACUACUCAGGAAUGAAUGAAUAAGUGAAUCAAGUUUUCUUGCUAAAAGAACAUGGACUCAGGAGUCGGACUUGGGUAAUAGCCCAAUGUCAUACCUAGUGCAUGGUUUUACCCAAAAGAAGUGACCAUGUCAGAAUGAAAGGAGGCUGUCUGUGUAGACUGCUGUCUGUGGAAAUUUGAAGACAAUAAAACAGUAGCAGAUUCCAUAGGGAGCUUCUUUGAAUCAAGCUAUGCUGAAAAAUGUUUCGGAAAGGCAAAAAACGACACAGUAGUAGCAGUUCCCAAAGUAGUGAAAUCAGUACUAAGAGCAAGUCUGUAGAUUCUAGCCUUGGGGGGCUUUCGCGCUCCAGUACCGUGGCCAGCCUUGACACAGACUCCACCAAAAGCUCAGGACAAAGCAACAGUAACUCAGAUACCUGUGCAGAAUUUCGAAUAAAAUAUGUUGGUGCCAUUGAGAAGCUGAAACUCCCUGAGGGAAAAAGUUUGGAAGGGCCACUAGACCUGAUAAAUUAUAUAGAUGUUGCUCAGCAAGAUGGGAAGUUGCCUUUUGUGCCUCUGGAGGAGGAAUUUAUUAUGGGAGUUUCCAAGUAUGGUAUAAAAGUAUCAACAUCAGAUCAAUAUGAUGUUUUGCAUAGACAUGCUCUGUAUUUAAUCAUCCGGAUGGUGUGUUACGAUGAUGGUCUGGGGGCAGGAAAAAGCUUAUUGGCUCUGAAGACCACAGAUGCAAGUAAUGAAGAAUACAGCCUGUGGGUUUACCAGUGCAGCAGUCUGGAACAAGCACAAGCAAUUUGUAAAGUUUUAUCCACCGCCUUUGACUCUGUCUUAACAUCUGAGAAAUCUUGAAUUCUGCAGUCAAGUGGACGACCACGUCAUCUGAAAGUUCAUUUGCUUUCUGACCAGUUUCUUUUUUUCAAUCUGCAAUGCUGAAGUAUUGUAGAAAUUGGAAGUGACCCCUUGUUCUGGAUUUUCUGAAGAAAAUGCAAGGUAUAAAAUAUUGAUCAUUUGUUUUUAUAUUAAAAUGUGUCUUAUUCAACAGUGAA